CUCUUCACGUUCAGAGAGCUUACUGAGAUAAGCGUCUCUGUUCUCCAUCUACAGCUUAUUUUGCUUAGAAUAUUCUCUAUAUCUGACUCUUUCAACAAAACUUUCGUUUGAAAUUUUCUUUUUCAAUCAUUGGAAUAAUGCUCCAAGACUCUCUGAGAUCAGCUGUCCACAGGUCUCUAACUAAGCCUGUAGCAGACGGCUGCCAGAAUGCGAACCAGACAGCUACACGCAGGACAAACACACACUCCAAAACCUCUAAUUCUGUUGAGCCAUUAAAGAAUCACUCAAAGAGAGAAGAGAAGUCCAUGGAGCGUAGAAACAAGAGCGUUGGUCCACUGAAGGGUUCUCUUGAUCUUGAAGAGUCGCUGGCAAUUCUUUCGAAGGCUCAAGAAACUUCAAAGAGGAUGUCUCGCUUACUUGAUGCGUCAGAGAGUAUAAAUCUUAGGAGAUGUGGAUUUCAGGAGCAAAGGCAUUCAAUUGAUGGGUCUUUCAGAGACUCCCUGUUUAAAUUGGAACAGAGAUCAGAGUUUGUGGAAGAAGAGAUUGGUAGGAUUAAAGAGAGGACGAUGAACUCGAGGGCAAACGGAUUUCAGAAGCCUAGAUUUUCAUCUGAUGGAUCCUCGAUCGAAGAAGUAAUAAGAUCCCAGAGGUAUGGAGUGCAAGAACCGAGAUUUUCAGUUUCUGGAUCUUCAAGAGAUGCCAUUGAAGAGCUGAGGAAAGUGAUCAGAGAAAGCCUGCAUCAGCAAAAUUUACUGUCAAGAUCACCUGAAGAUGAUAGAGCCUACGAGUGCAAUAGAUUCGAGAGAUUCAAGGGUAAUUUAUCAAAUCCCAUUUGUGAGCCUAAGAAAGCUAAAGGUUCAAAUCUCGUAGCUAAGCUUAUGGGAUUAGAGGAGGUCUCUUCACAAACAUCUCAUCCCAUAAAAAUGGAAGAAAAGAAAAAGAGCUUCAAUGUGCAAAGACCCCCUUUUGAUAUGGAGAGAAGACAAGCAAUAAAGAAAAAGGCAAAUCAAAAGCGAAAGUCGCUGCAGGAGGUCAUAGAAGCAAUGCAGUUCAAAGGGGUACUUAAAGAUCCUCGAAUCGAUAUGCCCAAGAUAAUACCAUAUCGAUUUGAUGAUAAACAACUGGACAUGAAUUAUGAGUCGCCGCCGAUUGUGAUCGUAAAGCCCUUGUAUUUGCCACAAUGGGAGAGAGGAGAAGCAUAUAGAAAGGUUUUGGUGAAUAAGUACUCUAGGGAUGAAGAGAAUCAAUCUUUUGAUCAUUUUCAAGAGAAGGAAGUUUAUGAUCAUGGGCAAAUGUUAUUCAAAUCAUUCAAUCGAAAAGAGGAGAGGAGCAUUGAGAAGCCUAAAGUGGAUUUCUCUAGUGUAUCUCACAAACAGCUAAAGAAAGAGGCUUCAAAGAUGAGAAAGAAAGUGAAUGACAAGCCUAAUGAAACAAAAGGAGAGGAGAAAAAAGAUGUAAGAGCCAAAAGAAUGCCUAUAUCUCAGUCGAACAGAAUUUAUGCAGAUCAUGAAAAGCCUGAUAGAAGAGUAUCAGCAGCGAAGGAUAAAGUUUCUUUGAUAAAAGCUGAGUCGAAAACUUCUGCUAAUCCAGUGAAGGAGAAGAAGACUCCAAGAGCAAAAUCAGAUAGAAAACCCUCUACUAUCAAGACAAAUAAUAAGAACUGCAAAGAUGGAAAAGAAACCAAUCCUGUGCAUAAAAUGGACACAUUUUCAGAAGCCGAAAGUUUCCCUGCUGAUAAAAUCCUCCAAGAAAUCGGGAAGAAAGGAGAAACUUGCAAGAAAGAUGAAGCACAAGAAAACCCUGAAGUAACAAAAGAAGUAAUCCAUCUUGAUGAUACAAAGCCUGUAAUAGUUGAAGAUGACCUUAUGCGUCUACUCCUGAGUAGCCGAUCUUUCCUCACCGAAGCAAAAGAACUCUAUGGAGUUAUUUCUCACCAACCGAUACAUCAUCAAAGAAAAGGCCUAAGUGAAGAUGUGAUGAGAAAUGCUAUGCUCUACUUAGACAUUGGGAAGGAGAUAAUGUCACGCAAAUUCCACAAGCAUGAGCUUUCGGUACAUCCAUUGACAGAAUCAUUUACAUUGUUCGAGUUAGCUGAGGAAAUCAGUAGCAAGAUAAGGGUAUUGACAGGUUUUAUCAAGGUUGAUCAUAGUAGUAUUGCUUCUGAUGAUAUUAGUAAUGUAAGGUUGGAGAGGGAUCUAAGAUGCAAGGAUAUGUUGAUGAAUUCAAUGUGGGAUAUUGGAUGGAUGAGUUGGGCAUAUCCUGAAGAUACAAGGGACAUUGUAUGUGAUGUGGAGGAGAGUAUCUUGUCUUGGCUCAUGGAAGAGGUUGCCUUAGAUUUGGUUUAUUAGAGGAGAGGAUGAAUUAUGAAUAGUGUGUUAUGGAUAUCUUCUAACAUCUAUUAAUUGAGAUAUAUUUAUGCAUUCCUUCGGGAAUAGAUGUUGUGUUUGGAUAAAAAUAAUACUAUAAUUUAGUACAUACACAGAGUAUUAAUUUGAGAGUUUAUGUAACAUUGGAUUAAUCAG